UGCCGCCCCGCCGCCGCCGCCGCCGGGGACACCGGUCACCUCCGCGCCCCCCGCCCGCGCCGCCCCCGCCGCCUCGGGCCCAGGCGCCGCGCGGACUGGGCAGCUGUCUGCGCCCCGCCGGGCUCCAGGGCUCCACGGUAUAAAAGCAGUACCAAAAGACAUUUCUUCAAAUUUGCAUCAAGAUGGAAACCUUUUGCCUCAGGGCAUCCUUUUGUCUGGCACUGGCAGGAUGUGUAAUCAGCGAUAACCCUGAGAGACACAGUACAAAUCUAAGCAAUCUUGUGGACGACUUUACCACCUUCCGUGGGACAGAACUCAACUUCCUGGUUACCACUCAUCGACCCACUAACUUGGUCCUCCCCAGCAAUGGCUCCAUGCACAACUAUUGCCCACAGCAGACUAAAAUUACUUCGGCUUUCAAAUACAUUAACACUGUGAUAUCUUGUACUAUUUUCAUCGUGGGAAUGGUGGGGAAUGCAACUCUGCUCAGGAUCAUUUACCAGAACAAGUGUAUGAGGAACGGCCCCAAUGCACUGAUUGCCAGCCUUGCCCUUGGAGACCUUAUCUAUGUGGUCAUUGAUCUCCCUAUCAAUGUAUUUAAGCUGUUGGCUGGACGCUGGCCUUUUGACCACAAUGAUUUUGGCGUCUUUCUGUGCAAGCUGUUCCCCUUCCUGCAGAAGUCCUCCGUGGGCAUCACUGUUCUCAACCUCUGCGCUCUGAGCGUCGACAGAUACAGAGCCGUUGCCUCCUGGAGUCGUGUUCAGGGCAUCGGGAUUCCCUUGAUCACCGCCAUUGAGAUUGUCUCCAUCUGGAUCCUUUCCUUUAUCUUAGCCAUCCCUGAAGCAAUCGGCUUUGUCAUGGUGCCCUUUGAAUAUAAGGGCGCGCAGCACAAAACCUGCAUGCUCAAUGCCACAUCCAAGUUCAUGGAGUUUUACCAAGACGUAAAGGACUGGUGGCUGUUUGGGUUCUACUUCUGCAUGCCCUUGGUGUGCACUGCAAUCUUUUACACCCUCAUGACCUGCGAGAUGUUGAACCGAAGGAACGGCAGCUUGAGAAUCGCCCUCAGUGAACAUCUUAAACAGCGUCGAGAAGUGGCGAAAACUGUGUUCUGCUUGGUUGUAAUUUUUGCUCUUUGCUGGUUCCCUCUUCAUUUGAGCCGUAUUUUGAAGAAAACAGUAUAUGACGAGAUGGACAAGAACCGGUGUGAAUUACUUAGUUUCUUGCUGCUCAUGGAUUACAUUGGUAUUAACUUGGCAACUAUGAAUUCAUGUAUAAACCCAAUAGCCCUAUAUUUUGUGAGCAAGAAAUUUAAAAAUUGUUUCCAGUCAUGCCUCUGUUGCUGCUGUCACCAGUCCAAAAGCCUGAUGACCUCAGUCCCCAUGAAUGGAACAAGCAUCCAGUGGAAGAACCAUGACCAGAACAACCACCACACAGACAGGAGCAGCCAUAAGGACAGCAUUAACUGACAUUUUCAGAGGCAUCCAUCAAUAUGCCUUCAAUUCCUAUCAGAGGGAAGAACCAUCACCCAGCAACUGUGUCUCCAGAAAUCCCAGAUCCUUCUUGUGUAACUCGACUGCACCCCUGUGGGGGCCAGAGUGCUCCCCAAUGCACUCCCAAACAGUGGAGAGUGAAAUGGUUUAUACCCACAAUGUCAAGAAAACCUACUUCUUUAAUUUCUCUCGUUUGCAUAGUUUGUAUGUUGUAUUCAAGACUAAAAAUGGGUGGAGAAUGGAGACUGUUGGAUUAAACUAAAAGGAUUUUGCUACUUUGGCAUGAAAAUAGUCUUCAAGUGAAUGACUAGCUUUCAUGGCAGUUCUGCUGUGAGUUCUAUGGGACUGGUCAUCACAGAAGUUUAGCAAUUGUGACAAAAUUUUCUGUCUUUUAAGUCCUUUUUGAGGAACACCAAUGAGCCUGGGUUUAAGUCACUUUUCUUUAAAAUGCCAUUCAAUGCAGGUAUUUUUUAACCACAUACUAGCCCAUAGAUGAGUAUUUGAGCUAGUUUACACAUAUUCUGAUUAAAAACAAUAUUCAGGUGAGCAAUUAGGCUGUGUCUUGUGUAUUUUAUUUUUAGGGUGUGGAUUCUAAAACAGCCAUAUAUAUAUAUAUAUAUAUAUAUAUAUAUAUAUGUAUAGGCACUUAAAGCACAGACUGAUAACAUGUAGCAACUUAAUAGCUGCUUCUAAAAAAUUUCAGAGCCUAUAUUUUCUUUGUUCAUGGUGUAUUGGUAUAGAUCUGGAGUAUAUUUUUGUGUCAAAUUCCAAAAUAAUACUUGGAUCAAAUAGUUCUAUUUUUCACAAACCCAGUCUUUUUAAUGUAAGUUUUUAAAUGUAAAACUAUGUUCAAAAUUUAAAUUAACAUAGUGUUUACCAAUGCCUGACACCUUCAGUGCAAUGUAUAGAGUCUAAAGCAAACAUGCAUGAAGAAGACUGGACAGAGGAUUUGGAAAUUUCCAUUGAGUUUUUGUAAUAGUACCACAUAUCCUUGCAUUCUCUUAAUUUCUUAAUUUCUCCUAACAAGUUAAGUGGCUUUAAGACAUUUUGGGUCAUUCCUUUCUCUGGGUAGGCAACAUAAUUUCAGAGUCGCCAGAUGAGCUUUUCAUGUCAGUGAGAUAUUGCUACUCUCACCAUUAAAUUUUAGUUCUUCGCUUCUCUGAGUUUCCAGUGGGAACCUAAAUUCUCACCUCAUCCCCUAUUCCACACACGGUCAAAAUUUCAAAGGGCCCACAGUGACUUUUGCUGGGCGUUUUCCCAAAUGUUUACAGACUGUGAGUAUGCAAACAAAAAUCUUACUCGGUGUAUGUAUAUAUAUAUGUAUGUAUAUAAACAACUGUAAAUUCAUUUUAACCGUUGUUUUGGUGAUUGUCUCUAUGGAAUGCAUUUGUGUAUGUGGUAUAUGCACACGUGUGAUGGUAUGUGUGAUUUAACCUAAUGCCCUGUGAUUGUGCCAAAGCACAGACUCUGUGUGAAAUCUAGAUGAUUGUUUCAUCACAACAACCCAUGUGGGUCAGUUUUCACAUUUUAGAAUCUCCUGUGUUAGGAAAUUUUGCAACCAUGUUACCAUUGCAAAUAAAACAUGGAAGCAGCAUGCAAGGGAAUGAGCCAUGAGUUCAUCACAACAUGGGGUUUUGUUUGAUUGGUUCGACAAGGCAGUAUUUGGGGUCACAUUGUUCCCUGUGCUGGAGCAAUAGACAUUACACUUUGACGUAUUCUAUUGUUCUGAUCUCAUCUCAUUUUGGUGAUGAGAUUGACAAGUAGCCUGAUGUUUCUUUCAAAUUUUGCCAGAUUUCUGGUGAUGAAUGAGCUGAGCUAAUGUGUUGGGUCAUGAUGUAGCACAGCCAUGAGUAAAAUACAUGAGGUUCCACUUGCUUUCAUUGCAGGGUUAAGUAAUACUGCUCCUUUGUGUGUGUGUCACAUUUAGUUAUGCCACUGGCACAUCAUAUGCAGUGAUAUAAGCCUAUAAUGUAAGCCAUAAAUCCACACCAUUUUCUUUAGACUGUUGUCUUUUUUUAAAAGAUGCUUUGUUUCUUACAUGUAAAAACAUGCAUUUUGUAAAUUCAGAAAGUCAUAGCUUUCUGAGUAACUAUACAAGCCUCCAUGUGCAUUUUGUAUAUGGACCGGUAACAACAGUGUACUGUAGGAAUAUUUCCAACUUCUACCUUUACGACAUCUUUCCAACAAGUAACUUUGUAGAAAUGAACCAUAAGCUAAGGCCCUAAAUUGGCAGCAGCCCAGAAAUGUAAAUAAAAGUUUACAUCAGUUUC